AUGAUGGUCUCCACGCUUCUUUUGCUUCUGCUGCCCGUGGCGAGGGCCGUUGGUGGUCCUAAGUUCUCCAUCUUCGAUACUCCCUCUGCACCCCUUUUGCCCUCCAACGACCCUUUUUACAUGAGCGAGCCAGCUGACCUCUCGGCCUAUUCUCUGGGGGACCUGAUCCGUAUACGGGUAGCGCCGGGUAAUUUGACCGCCAUGUUCAAUGCUUCGGCUGUCUACAACAUUGUCUACCGCACCGAGGAUAGUCUCGGACACCCACUUUGGUCAUUCUCAACUGUUUUCAGUCCUCUCAAUCCCUAUUCAUCCAUACCAGCCAGCAACCAGUCGCAGUAUGAAACCUCCUCGAGGGGGAUUGGAACUGCAUUUCUGUCCUACCAGCUCCCUUACAACACUCCGAGUGUUGACUGGUCUGUUAGCGUGCUGAUGUAUGACCCCACGCAGACAGCAACACUGGGAGACGUGACGGCGGCACUCCAACGUGGCUGGUUUGUGUCCGUACCCGACUUUGAGGGCCCUUUCGCUGCGUCUACAGCUGGAGCUCUCGAGGGAAAGGUAAUCCUCGAUGGUGUGCGCGCCGUCUACUGCCUUGCUGCCCUAGACGACAGCCAGCUGGAAGGGCUCGAGCCAUUGGGGCUUGACGCGGCACAUGCAAGCUUCUCCCUCUGGGGCUACUCUGGUGGUGCUAUCUCAUCUGGCUGGGCUGGAGAAAUGCAACCGUACUAUGCUCCAGAUCUGCAGCCUCACUUUGCAGGUCUCGUUAUCGGCGGCAUGCCCCCGGGGUUUGUGGCAACUGCCGACCUCCUCGACGGAACCUCGUCUGCCGGACUUCUCCCCAAUGCGCUUCUCGGGCUGACCCAGCAGUUCCCUGCAGCUCGGGAGUUUUUGAUAUCGUCGCUAAAGCACGAGAAAGCUCAAGACUUUCUUGCCGCCCUGAACAUGUCUGCUCUCCAGGCCUUUGUCGCUUUUUACAACCAAAGCAUCUUUGAUUACUUCAUCAACGGGCGGGACGACUUCACCCAUCCCAUCCUCACCUCUCUGUACGAUGGCCACUAUGACCUCCGCCUCAAGGGCGUUCCGAGCGUUCCUGUCUUUGCCUACAAGGCUAUUGGCGAUCAGUUCAGCUCAAUUCAGCUCUCCGACCAGCUGAUUACUGAAUACUGCGAAGGUGGAGCAGUUGUUCUGUAUGAGCGCAACACAGUCGGAGAGCACAUCUCCGAGCUCCAAAACGGCCACUCCAGAUCUCUAGAUUGGCUGGGCAGCUUGUUCAAUGGGACCCAUGCUGAGAUUUAUGAUACUUCUGCAUGUGUCAUCAAGAACGUUACAGUCGUAGACCCUACUGGGCCUCCUCUGGCACAACUAUAA